AUGCCACUUCGCGAGACGGACCCAGACUUCGAAAAUGAGAUUCUCGAAAAGGCCAAGCCAGCAUUAGGCGCAAAGUUCGGGGUUUGCGAAUAUGAUCUCCCGCUGCCGCUGCUCCUCGUCGAUGAAGAUGCAGAGAAGCCACUGCCAUGCCAUGAACCUCCUGAAGAAACCAUUGCUGUCAGCGCCCAUAUGUCGGCACGCAUUCAUGCCUUCUACAAGCAGAUUGCUGCCGCCUACAACGAGACUGAGGAUCCUCCCGCCAGCAUCGCCAUCAAGUUCGAAAUUCAGCCACAAGAAUUUGACCCAGAGGAGCCAAGUUGCCACCAUCGCAGGUAUCACUCGCGCCGCCUGCAGCUGCAGGACCCCGAGACAUUGCCAGAUCUGCCAUUUGUGAGCAAACUGGCCAUCAGAUCAAGAGCGUACGGCUCUGGCGCCCAGAACGCGACAGACAUCCGCCCUCUGUCUCCCCUCGUGCCAUUACAGUGCCUUGCCCACCUAUCGGCUGUCCAAGAGUGGAAUGCCCCCUGGUUGUGGGAGCGGCCUAUGCCAGCCUCCAUGCCGAGCAGGGUGAUGCGCGAGUACUACACCUGGCCAUGGGAGGGCCCCCUCCGAGAUGCCCGCCACGAGUUUGGCGCUGCUAUCAUGGACCAAGAGAAGCACCUCGGCGGUAAAAGGAUCCCCGCCAGUCUUACUAGAGCAGCACUGCACUUCUGGCCUUUCUUCUCGCUCCCCAAGCAUGACGAGUCCGUGGCACGGCCAAACCUGAUCCAUCCCGCGGAGAAAGACCCAGUCUCUAUCGGCCUGUGUAAGCUCGGUGCGCAGCUAAGCCUGUUUGACGUGCGUGCUAUGGUCACUCCAGACCUGUUCCCCAGUCCCGAGGCGCCAGAGGACCAGCAGUGGACACAGAUGCGGCGAUUCCGGCUCGAGUUUCACUCCCUCCGCCCAGACGGGCGGUGGUACUUUGUCGGCCCUGGUGGCGAAGAUCCGCACGACUCUGAACAAGGAGGGUACAAGAUCUCAGAUGCAAAACACUACCCCCGCGAAACCGACACGGACGAGGACAUGAAGCUCGACGCUGAGUACGGCGACAACCCGGACGACGAGUAUGAUUACGAUCUUGACAUGUUCCGUGUUGAGCCAUGCAGGGAGCGGAUCGAGCCCCUGCUUGCGGCAUUUGCAAAGUCUCUGACUCACGACAAUAUGCCGAGCCUCGAGGACGCAGAGAUUUUCACGCACUUGUGGUGGGACCCUUCAGACGACAGGGAUGUAGAGAAAUACGACCUUCCUAUGAAACAGGGUCACAGAUGGGGUGUCAAGUUCAUUGCUGGGCGUGGUAGCAAGAGGCAGAAGGCAGACGAUGCUGCUGCAAGAUCAACACCACCGGUGGUGCAGUGGCAGGUUGGCGAGUGGAGACCCAGCGAGGAGGUCAUGAGUUUGUUUGAGAGCUUGGGACGGCAGGAAUGGCUUGAUUUUGAGUGGGACAGGUAUAGAUCUACGUCGGGGCACGACUUGUUGGGAAAUAGCGAGUCUUCACCUAUCUAG